AUGACGUUGCCUUCGUGCUUCCAACGAGACUUUGUCGAUGCGAGCAAGCUGCCUAAGCCGUUGCCUGCUUCUCCUACCCCUGUCACUAAAUCUUAUACGGACGUCGUCCAGUUCGUCAAGGAGAAGAAGAUCAAGGAGGCGAAGACCUUAAUGCGAACCCAGCACUGGCCCAUCGACGACCCGAACAGAGGCGAGCUAUGGCUGAAGCUGUGCCAGGAGCACAUGAGGGAGACUGCGCCGUGCGACUUCUACCACAGCACGGUCAGGGAGUCCCUCGGCGGGCAGUGGCCUGUGAACAUGCCGGCGUUCGUGGACCCCAUCUUUGACGAGGAGUACCUCCUCUCCACUGAGGGGCAGAGGCGCGCUGAGCGGGUUCUCUUCGUCAUGUCCGUUAGCCAUCCUUUCGUCACUUACUGCCCGAUUUUGCAUCCCGUCGCAUCCUUGCUGCUCCACUAUUUGCCCGAGGAACAGACGUACGAGUGCGUCUGUGCCCUCGUGGACAGCACUGCGGUACGGCACCUGAGCCAGACGCGACUGACGCACGACAUUUCUAGCCACACGCUAAUGCGGCUGACCAAGCACCUGGAGAAGAAGACGUACUCGCGGCUUCUCCGCAAGUUUCGCCGAGAGGACGAAGUGGAGAAGAUCUUCUCCACGUGGCAGCUGUGGAUCUUUCGCGGCCUACCGUUCUAUCAUCUGGUGCGUGUGAUGGACUGCUUCCUAUUGGAAGGCGUGCGCGCUCUGUACCGCGUCGCCAUUGCCAUCCUCAUCCUUUAUGUUAAAGAACACUGCAAGGACUAUCCCAGCAAGUCGUUCAUAUCGCGUGUAUUUAAAGCCAAGAAGACAAAAAACAGAGGAAACUGUUCACGAGAGGGCACGCAAGACGCAGAAAGCUUUCUGGAUGGGGUCAUUGCGUUCUGCAAGGAUAUGCCCUACAAUGUGGACAAGUUCUUGAAGACCGCCUACAACAUCCAGGGAAUCAGCGGAAAGCUGCUCAGCCAGGAGCUCCUCAAGUCUGAGAUGUACGUCCGUAGCCGAUCGAGCGGGCGCACGCGGCCGACCUCUGAGAGUGCGGCGGCGGGGGUUGCCAGUCUCCAGGUUGCUUCGUCCUGUCUCUCGGUCAAGAACGACAAGUACUGCGCCACGCGUGCCGUUUCGGUGGGCGUCAUCGGCCUGGCUAACUUUCGCUCCGAGGUCCUCACUGGCGAACAGAUGGCCAUAGUGUGGAACUGGCUACCGGCGCGGAUCACGAUGCUCCAGCCGGAGGUCGUGUACUCGACUAACACCCACGGCAGCAGCCUGACCAGCCUGUUCGCGCACACGGACACGCGAGAGCCGACGGUUCUGGCGGUGCUGACGACACGCGGCGACCGCUUCGGCGCCUACUGCUCGGCCCAGUGGUCGGAGCGCAAGCAACGGGCCUACUUCGGCACGGGCGAGACGUUCCUCUUCACAUUCGUGCCCGAGCCGAGGCGCUUCGCUUGGGUCGGUGCCGAUUCGGCGCAGGACGUGCCGCACUCGUCGACGCUGUUCCUAUCCGCCAACCAGUAUGUGAUACAGAUUGGCGGCGGAAACGGCGUGGGACUGUACAUCGACGGUUCGCUCGAGAACGGUCGCACGGAGCACUGCGACACCUUCGACAACAGCCCGCUGGCCGCGACCAACGAUUUCGUCGUGCAGAUCAUUGAAGUCGUCGCCUUUGCGUGA